GGAAUGCACCUACACUUUCUUCCUCACUGACGGUCACAGCUGUCGCCGUAUUGCCUCUGCCUAUAUAUCUUCCUCACCUCUUCCUCUCCCAAGCACGCCUUGAAUCGUCUCUUCCACCGGUUGGCACAGACAAAGAAGCAGCAAAUCCAAUCCCAUCGCUUCCUUCUUCAAUCAUCCAUAACACACGCCUUACCCAAUCCAUGCUUCUUUUUCUUCUUCUUCAGUGACACUUCUUCAUCUUCCUCUUUGUCUCUUCCUUUGUUCUUGUCUCCAAGCAAUCAUUCCCCUACCCCAAACGCUAUCUCCUCCUCUGCUAUUAAAACCAGAAGCCAAAACAAGGAGAUGAAGGAGAGAGCGGCCAUGGCUCCCCUCCGCUUCUACUUCUUCCUCUCCUUGCUCGGCUGCUUCUGCGACUGUUCGAUUUCUCUUGCAGAGCUCAGGAAGAAGACUUACAUAGUCCACAUGGCCAAGGCACAGAUGCCGGCGGCCUUCGCAGAGCACAGUCGCUGGUAUGACGCUUCGCUGCGCUCGGUAUCCGACACCGCUGAGGUACUCUACACAUAUGACACCGUCGCCCACGGAUUCUGCGCCCGGCUCACCCCCGCGGAGGCGCGCGCGCUCGAGGACCUCCCCGGUGUGCUCGCAGUCCACCCCGAGGUUCGCUAUGAGCUCCACACCACCCGUACGCCGGAGUUCCUCCACCUCGACCGCACCGACGCGCUGAUACCGCAAUCCAACACCGAGAGCGACGUCAUCGUCGGGGUGUUGGACACCGGCGUCUGGCCCGAGAGCAGGAGCUACGAUGACGCCGGGCUCGGCCCCGUCCCCGCGAGCUGGAGGGGUGAGUGCGUGGAAGCGAAGGACUUCACGGCCGCCGCUUGUAACCGUAAGCUGGUCGGUGCCCAGUUCUUCUCCAAGGGGUAUGAGGCCGCCACGAAUCCGAUUGACGAGUCCAAGGAGUCGAAGUCGCCACGCGACGACGACGGCCACGGCACACACACCUCUUCCACCGCCGCUGGAUCCACCGUCGCCGGAGCCAAUCUGCUGGGCUACGCCGCCGGCACCGCCCGCGGCAUGUCGACUCGCGCACGCAUCGCCGUAUACAAGGUCUGCUGGCUCGGCGGGUGCUUCAGCUCCGACAUACUCGCCGCCAUGGACAAGGCCGUGGAUGACGGGUGCGGUGUCCUUUCGCUGUCCCUUGGCGGCGGCACGACGGACUAUUUUCGCGACAGCAUAGCCAUCGGAGCCUUCAAUGCCGUGGCUAAAGGGGUUGUGGUGUCUUGCUCCGCAGGCAAUGGCGGCCCCUCUAGUUCCACCCUCUCCAACGAGGCGCCGUGGAUCACCACCGUUGGAGCCGGCACGAUCGACCGCGACUUCCCCGCCUACGCUGUGCUCGGAGACGGAAAGAACAUAACCGGUGUCUCUCUCUACAGCGGAAAGCCUCUGUCUUCCUCGCCCUACCCCUUCAUUUACGCCGGGAACGCCACCAAUGCCACCAACGGCAAUCUCUGUAUGCAGGGAACGCUUCUCCCGGACAAGGUUUCGGGAAAAAUCGUCCUAUGCGAUCGCGGCAUCAAUGCGCGCGUUCAGAAGGGUUUCGUCGUGAGGGACGCCGGAGGAGCCGGUAUGAUCCUGGCCAACUCCGCUGCCAACGGGGAGGAGCUCGUUGCCGAUGCACACAUCCUCCCAGCCACUGGCGUCGGGCAAAGGGAUGGGGACGUCAUCAAGUCCUACCUUUUCUCAGAUCCGAACCCGACGGCCACAAUCGCGAUCGGCGGAACCAAGGUUGGCAUCACGCCGUCGCCGGUGGUGGCUGCGUUCUCCUCUCGCGGGCCGAGCGCCAUCACUCCCGACAUCCUGAAGCCGGACAUCAUCGCACCUGGGGUGAACAUCCUUGCCGCCUGGACGGGGAAGGUCGGGCCGACGGGGCAGGCGGCAGAUCGGCGGCAAACGGAUUUCAACAUCAUCUCCGGCACCUCCAUGUCGUGCCCCCACAUCAGCGGCCUGGCAGCGCUCCUCAAGGGGGCAUACUCGGACUGGAGCCCUAGCGCCAUCAAAUCGGCCCUCAUGACCACCAGCUACUCCGUUUACCCUAACGGCGACAAAAUCUUCGACGUCGCCACCGGCCGCGCGGCCACGCCCUUCGAUUUAGGGGCCGGCCACGUGGAUCCACCCAAAGCUCUCGACCCUGGCCUCGUCUACGACAUAACCACCGACGACUACAUCGACUUCCUAUGCGCCCUCAAUUACACGAUGCUCCAGAUUCAGGCCGUCUCCCGGCAGCGAAACGUCACCUGCGACAGCAAGACGAUCUACUCGGUGUCUGAUCUCAACUACCCCUCGUUCUCGGUGGCAUUCGAGACGGCGAGUGGCGCGGGAGGCGGCGGCUCAUCGAAGACGACAACGGUGAAGCACAAGCGCACGCUGACCAACGUGGGGGCGCCGGGGACAUACAAGGCGACAGUAUCGGCCCCGGAAGAGGUGAGUGUGGAGGUGUAUCCGCAGGAGUUGAGUUUCGCGAGCUCGGGGGAGAGGAAGAGCUACACGGUGAGCUUCUCCGCGGCGUCGCAGCCGUCAGGCUCCGCCGCGUUCGGCCGCCUCGUGUGGUCCGACGGGCAGCACGUGGUCGCCUGCCCUUUGGCAUUCACGUGGACUUAAAUAUUCGGGACAAGGCGGCUCUCCAAAAUGGACGGUCGUGAUGGCAAGCAGGGCAUGGAUCACCGAUCCGGCGCUCGAUGCUUUAUAAAACAAGUGGAAGCGUUUACUUCAUGUGGUUUUAUAAAAUUUACAUUAUGCUUGUUGUGUUUUUAGAUCAAAAUUGUUUUUUCCGUCUUCUAUAAAAGAAAAAAAAGGUGAAAAGUACCAAUUGUGAAUAAUUAUUUUAUAAAUAAGAAAUUUGAUUUGAAA